UUCAGUGUGUUCACCAAUUCCUCUCAUUCAUUCAAAAGCUUAAAAAACUUGUCACAACCUACUAAACUAAACGUUCUUUACGUACAAACCGUACAUUUUACGUGUACUCGAUCUUCGAAACUCGUAAUCUUCAACAAUCUUGAAGAUGGGAAAAAAUGUUGCACACUCUCUAUCAGAGGCCUCACCAGACCAGAGGCUAGCCAUGGCCAAACAAUACUCUCAUGAGGGUGUUGUAGCUGGAGCGAAGGCUGCCGUUUUCGCCGGAGUUCUUACUGCCAUCCCAACUAUAGGAAGUGCUAGAAAGUUUCCAUGGGCAAGGGCCAAUCUCAACUACACUGCUCAAGCUCUUAUUAUUUCUACCGUGGCAGGAGCAGCAUAUUUCAUAGUAGCUGACAAAACAAUUCUGAAAUCGGCACGCCGCAACUCCUUCCACCAAGAUGAAGAAGAGAUGCAGAAUCUUGGAGCUUAAUUAAACUCCAAAAAACUUCUAUGCUAGCCUGAUGCGCGCAUGAUGAAUGAUGAUGAUAAUGACGAUAACAUUGUACUUCGUACUAUAGUGAAUAAAUCAUGUUCAUUUUCUUUCUUUACAA